AUCUUGUUCUUAGCAUAUCAUUUAAAUAGAAAAUGACUUCCAAACGUGUUGCAAUUGUCACUGGCUCAAACAAAGGAAUUGGGUUAGCCAUUGUUCGAGCAUUGUGUAAAAAGUUUGAUGGAGCAGUGUAUCUUACUUCACGAGAUGAGACUCGCGGAAAAGACGCCGUCAAGAUUUUGGAAGGAGAAGGAUUGCAUCCAAAUUUUCAUAUCUUGGAUGUGAGCAAUGAGCAAAGCAUUCAAGCUCUUAAAGAUUACUUGGUUUCAAAAUAUGGAGGUGUGGAUGUUUUUGUACACAAUGCUGGAAUGGCAUACAAAGCAGCUGAUCCAGCAGGUUUCCCUGAGCAAGCUCGUGUCACAAUUUUCAACAACUUCACGAGCAUGGUGAAUUUGUGCAACACCUUUCUACCUGUCAUGAGAGCAGAGGGAAGAUUUGUUACUGUUUCGUCUUUUGUUGCAAGGAUGACGAUUAAAAAAUGUAGCAAGGAAGUUCAGGAUUUCUUCAGAUCAUCUGAUCUCACUGAAGAACAACUCGUACAAAAGAUGGAUGAAUUUGUCAAAUUGGCUCAAACAGAGGAGCAUGAGAAAAAGGGUUUUCCCAGCUCUGCAUACGGGAUGUCAAAGUUGGGAGUGACGGCACUUACUCGCAUAAUGGGAAGAAAAGCUCAGAAAUUAGCUCAACCAAAUGUUUUGGUGAAUUGUGCUUGUCCUGGUUAUGUUAAUACAGAUAUGUCAAGUCACAAAGGCCAUAAAACGCCUGAUCAAGGUGCUGAAUCACCUGUUUAUUUGGCAACAUUACCAGCUGGGCUAAAAGAACCACAAGGGGAAUUCUGGUGUGAAGACAAACUGGACAAGUGGUACGACGGUUGCUAAAUAUCAUGGUCCACUGAAUUAGAAUUUAUUUACCUCAACUUAGAAAAUUAUGUAGUGAAAUGUCCCAUUUAAAGACAAAUAAUUAGCUUGAAAUAUUUUAAUUUUUUAAUAAUUUUGAACUAUUAACUAUUACCAUCAAUUUUGUGAUAUUUUCUAUACAUUGUGCUCCCUUUCACUUCAAACAUCAAGUGCUUGUAUUUUUGUAGAAUACUUGAACAUGUGGUUUCUGAUUGAGUAUUUUAUUUAAUUCAUUUUAG